UUAUACCUGUUUACCUAUUUCAGGUGAAAAUCCACAAUGCCAGGUGGAAUCCCAAAUAUCCAAGGCAAGACCUAUACCACUCCACGACGUCCUUUUGAGAAGGAACGUCUUGACCAGGAGUUGAAACUCAUUGGUGAAUAUGGACUGAGAAACAAACGUGAAGUCUGGAGAGUCAAGUAUGCUUUGGGUAAAAUCCGUAAAGCUGCCAGAGAUCUGCUAACCCUGGAUGAGAAGGACCAGAAGCGACUUUUUGAGGGUAAUGCCCUUUUGCGUCGUCUUGUACGUAUUGGUGUGUUGGAUGAAGGCAAAAUGAAGCUUGAUUACGUUCUGGGUCUGAGACUGGAGGACUUUUUGGAGCGCCGACUGCAGACGCAGGUUUUCAAGUUGGGUCUGGCUAAGAGCAUUCACCAUGCCCGUGUGCUCAUCAGACAGAGACACAUCAAGGUGCGCAAACAAGUGGUGAACAUCCCCAGCUAUGUUGUGCGUCUGGACUCUCAGAAACACAUCGACUUCUCACUGAGGUCACCAUACGGUGGCGGCCGCCCAGGUCGUGUCAAGAGGAAGAACGCCAAGAAGGGCCAGUCCAGUGGUGGCGGAGAUGAUGAUGACGGUGACGAGUAAGCAGUGGACUUUGCAACAUGUUGAAUGUUGAUGUCUGAAUAAAUUCGUCUUACAGAUA